CUAACCUAUUUUGACGCACAUGUUUACGGGAAAUUCAAACGUGCUCCCGGAGGAAUCAUUCGUUAGUUCAAGAAAUCAUGUAAAUGACUAUAGUGACAGUAGUUUUUCCGUUACGGUAAGCUGAAAACAUAACAUAAUGUCACGAAUCGCCAACACAAGGGAGGUGAUAUUGACGAGCGACAGCACAGGUGAGCAUUGGAGUGCCGCCUUGUGGGACCCGCGAACUGGUUCACUUUUAUCGACCUACAAGCAUGCCGGAGCCCUGACGCAUCAUACUCUGCAGCUUUUAAGCGACAGUUACGUGAUCGGCGCCGAUUUAACGAAGCCUCGCAUCCACGUUUGGCCUUUGAACAGCCACAACCCGGUACCUAACCUCCGACUAACGACGCCAGGAAAGGUGACCGCCUUGUGCUCCACGCCGAAUGGCGCUUACAUUGUCGCAGCGAUAUCAGAGAAGCUGUUUUUAUGGCAAGUGUGCAACGGACGCUUGCUAGGGAAUUUAUCGCAGCACUAUCAGACAGUGAGCUGCUUGUCGUUCAGCAAAGACGGUUCGAUUUUCGCCAGUGGCGCUGAAGAUGGUUUGGUCUUCGUCUGGUCGUUGUACCGGGUGCUAAACGACGAGCGACCCACGGCGUUGCACGCCUUCUCGCAUCAUUCUUUACCGGUGAAGGAUCUACAAUUUGGGCACGCAGGUUCUCGAGCAAGAUUAUGCUCGGUGUCCUUGGAUCGCACAUGCAACGUCUACGAUCCUGGCAGCGGAUUACUACUCCUCACCCUAGUCUUCAACGUGCCACUCACUUCCGUUUGCCUGAACACAAAGGAAAGCGAUCUAUUCGUCGGCUGCACAGAUGGAAGCAUAUACAGAUUCAAUCUGCACGAACCACCCCGAGGAAUAGAGCAUCACGUGCAAAUUCGAAAGGACGAUGACGCAGGACAGGCGGUGAUUUUUCAAGGGCACAAAUCGAGCGUAGUCACCCUAUCCGUAUCGAUCGAUUGCCGAUACUUGCUGUCCGGUUCGAUCAGCGGCGAAGUUCAUCUCUGGGAUAUCGCUAGCCAUCAGAUUCUUAGAACCAUCGAUCACAAAGGACCGAUCACCGCCGCCUUCUUCGCGAAACACUACGAGAACUUCCGGGUGACGGAUCUUAAGCCCCGUUUGCAAGUUUCAAACCUGCAGCGAGUGGCUGACGAGGCGGGAAAGGAGAGUCUAAUCGAGGUGGUAUCACGAGAUCAAAAUCAUGGGGAAUUAUUGGAUUUCGAGUCGUAUGUUGAGAACAGAGGCGAUUCGAGGGGAUCGGAGGAUCGAUCCUCUAGGAAGAUUCUCGAGAUGAGGGAGGAGAUCGAUAGACUGAAAGAAAUUAACGCCGCCAUUUAUCAGUACAGCGUGAAACGGAUCUUGAAUAAAACGAACGGUACCAGUUCGUGAAAAGCCUGGAUUACGUUCUACUUUAUGGAUAAGAUUAUCUCGAACCUACAUUAUUGAAUUGUAUCAACAUUUUGUAUGAUAAUUGAUUAUAAUAAAGAGUACCUGUUGUUACGCUA